UGUCCAGAUGGAUGGGGUCAGUAUUCAUCAAGCUGUUAUUGCUAUAACAGUGAUCUUCUUACUUGGAAGGACGCCAAGGCAAACUGUGAGAACUCCUAUGGUUUUCUGGUAGAAAUUGAAGAUGAAGAUGAAAACGAAUAUUUAUCUAAACUGCUCGACUUUGACUAUACUAAUAUGGCAUGGACUGGGGGAAUGGAUAAGGGCCUGGUAAGAAUUAUAAUCAGGAGUAAUCAUUUAUCAUUGUAG